GUCGGACAUUUGUAUUAAUCCUGAUAGGGGUCAGCACGAUAUAGAUUAGGGAUUGAUAUCAGUAAGGGGAUAGCUAACUACUAUUCAUUAAACCUGGCGCCGAGCCCGCGACUCGGUCGAAGUCCAGUCUGAUAAAUAGGUCCAAAAUAAGCUGAUAGGGGUCAGGGAGAUAACGCGUGUAUUUGUAACUGUUCAUAUUAAAAUGUAAUGUGGUUGUAAUCGUCUCCAUUAAGAUUGUUGAUGGUUUGAGAGACAGAGAGAGAGAGAGAGAACUCAAGAAGAGUUGUUGGGUAAAUCCGAAACUUAUAUGUUGUAUGUAAACUUUUAUGUUGUCCGAAAAAUUCUGUGUUGUAUGUAAACUUCCAUGUUGUAUGUACCUAUGACUUCUGUGUUCUGACAGUUGUUAUAGAAUUUUAUUAAUUGGCCUGUACUGAGUUAUUUUAAUAGGAAUGAGUGAAUUGUGAUUGACCAAUAUGUUAAAUUCCUUCGGGACCCUGUUUGUUCUGAAAUCUGCAUAGAAAACUGUCCUAAUUAUAUAUAUAUAUAUAUAUAUUGGGUUGUGUAUAGAGGUGAGGGAAAGCAGAGGCUGUGUUUUAACAUGUAAAGGACACGAUUAUGAAUGUUGGAAAUUCUAUGUGAAUUUCGUAUGAAUGACUGUAGUAUUGAGAAAACAUAUUAACCAGAGUUUACGUUCCAUGAUUUUGAGACCGGGGAAAUUAAAUUGAGAGAAACGUUUGUCGCGGAGUAAACCGCUAGGUGGGGAUACGUAACUGGGCUAUUAUGCACACGUGCUGAUAGACAAGGCCAUCUCAGUAGUCGAAUGACGGUGCAAACUUGAUUGAUAGCCGCCGGGCUAAAACACUGAUUUUCGCUUUUUUUUCAUUCCUGUUGAUAUUGCCUAAAGAGAUUGCUAUAGAAUCGCUCAAAUUUAAAUGUAUAAUCAGGAACAAAAUGACUGAUGUAUAAUUGAAAUAAUAUCUGAAUAUAAUAUUUAAAUAGUUGAAUAGAUCCCUUGGUUGUGCGCUCCACAAAUCCCAUACCGACCCAUGCGUUUUUCUCGAACUAAAACAUACAAAGGAGAAGCUCAGAGAUAAGACAGAGCACGUGCAGCAGUGUCUCUUCGAGUACAUCGUGGGUAUUAAUCAACGUCGGGCGAAGUAUAUGCUAACUAUAUUCAGAUAGAAGGAGAGAAUUCCGAUUAAAACUACGAUUAAUUUCCGAUUGAAUUAAAUUGAAUUACGAUUAAAAAUUCACAAUGGCGACCCCCAAUACUCCAAAGCUGAAGUUUAAUGAGUUCCUAGAUAAAAAAAAUGGAAUAUAGAUCAGGGGGAAAGAAACAAUGGAAGCACAUGAAGAAAGUUUGGGAGGGAUUAAAGCUAAAAUGGACACAGGAAGGUCAUUUAGGAGGGGAACCGCCAUCCGCAGUUCAGCUGAAAACAAUGGAAUGUGGGUUAAGAGAGAAAGAGGCAGAAAAGAACAAAAUUCACGUAUUUAAGAAAGAAGGGUCAGAUACGAAGGGAGCGAGAUUAAUGAGAAUCCUAAUUGAGGGAAAACUUUGGGCGUUUUAAAUUAGUGCUAUUUUCUGUUGUUCAGAUGCCGGAGUAACAAAUGCAGAUAACUGAAAAUUGGGUCUAUUUGCGGAGAAUCUGAGUUCCAUAGCAUUGGUGGUUCAGUGGUAGAGUUCUCGCCUGCCACAUGGGAGGCCGGGGUUCGGUUCCCAGCUGAGGUGUAAAGAGUAGUUAUAUAUGUCUGAGUUUUUGGUUAAUUAAACUAAUUGUUUUGCAGAGAAAGUUAUAGUCACUAGUAUUGGUAUAAGAUAUAAACUGAACGUUUUAAAUAGUUUGUUUGGUUCAAAUUGAAAGACUAAUUCAUUCAACUUAAUAUAAGAACGGAGAUUUUGAUGCAAGGCGAUGUCUGUUCACUAAAUGAUUUGUUGGGAAUAAUACAUUGGGAAAAGAGUCGUAAUUAAAAUGCUAAUUCAAAGACGAGACAGUAACUUAAAUCAAAUUAAUUCUGAAUAAUAACGGGGGAACAAUUACGAUAGAUUUGUGUCCAUCGAAAUGUUUUUAUAAGAUUAGCGAAUUGAGAGAUGUUGAUUGAUGUUGUAAACUCUAAUUCAGGAUUCAACAGAUGUGAUAAAUUAGGUUUGGUUUAUCGAACCCGAAAUACUGUUGUUGCAGACAGCCAACCAUUAUUUACAAUGAGUUGAAAAUCGUUGCGAAAUAAGUCAAGAUUGAGCGCUUGUUGAUGACAUCACUCGCGAGGUUUCCGUCGCCACGGAAAUGAUGUCUUGACUGGGGGUGACAGAGAAAAUGGUUAGUGUCCUUUAAAAGGAGUAUAUAAAUCGUCAGGAAAGAUGCUAAAAACUAGCAGCUGAUUCGCUGGGUGGGUAUCAUUGAUUUGUGGCGUUUAUUUGGACUGUAAUUGGGCCGUGAGAGAGAGGGAUUGGAUGUCUGAGUCAUAAAACAUCGUGAUGGUGGAUUCUGAUGGUUGUUGAUUCUUGGUUUGAUCGUUUGAAUAGCACCAGUGAAUUUGAGCACUGUUUCCAUUAUCUGGAACGGUGUCAGGGUAUUAAUGGUGAAAAGCAACCUCUAUGGUAAAACAUAAUUGUACAUGUUUCGGUAAACUAGCGAGGUUGAAUUUGGUUAUUUGUACAUUUCCCUUGAUACGUAGACAUACGUAACAGGGGCAAGUUGUUUUUCCUUGAGGAACACGCAGAUGGUGUUUUGUUUUAUUGAGAUGUAAAUGUGAGUUGAAGGAGCCAAGGGAAAAUACGUUAUUUUUUAUUAAAUAUCAGGGAUUAUAAUCUUGGGGAGAAUGAGGCCAUAAACGACCAAAUUGGAAAGGCCUGGAAGUUUUGAUUAAUCAUUAAGGUUUGCAAAUAUAUACACAACAUUUGUUAGGACUAUUUGUUUUGGUGCAAAGGUAUUUUAAAGAGACACGCUCAAAUAUGGAACUUUAUGAGUUUUUUAUUUUAUGAGUUUUAAAUUACACAAGUGAAUUUGGAUUUUAAGGAUAAAGGGUUUUUUAAUGUCUAGUGUAGUAUAGAACUUGACUAUAAAAGGGUGGGUUGACUCAUGGACCUUAUCAUGACUGUCUUCUAAGGUCUGAUCAGCCUUGGGGGAGAGUCAUUGGUAUAAUGAAUGUGGUCAUAUUGAGUACUAGUUUUAAGGUAAAUUCAUUAUAAAGGAGUUUAGGUUAGGAGGUUAGGAUAGGAUAUAUAUUAAGCCAAAAGGGCAGGGAAUUACAUAGAAAAAUAAGUUUCAGUUCUUAGGGGUGAUAAAUCACUGUAGACAAGGAAUUCUGCACUCUGCAACAUAUAUUCAAUUCAUGUUAUUGUCAGAAUAGAAUACUGAGAGUCCUUGAAGGAAGGAUUUUGAUAUGAUAAGCAUUUGUUUUGAAUUUUUUUUGACCAUUAGGGGUUUUAAAAAAAAAAAAUAAAAAAAAGAAAUAGUAUUAAAUUUAACAGGUAUAUAGGACAUCUGUGAUGAUUUAGGAUUAUUGUUAGGUUGAUUAAGGAAAUGUAAGGACUUUAGAGAUUGACACUCAUAGACAUGAUUUUGGAUAAAGUGAAACAGUUAGAAGCUUAGUGGUAUUUGAGAAAUAUGAGAGAAAAGGUUUAAAUUGGUAAAUAUAUAUUUAAGAAAAUAUAUAAGUAGCGCAGAUAGUUCUUAAGUAGAUAAGAAACUUGACAGGGAAUUGGUACUGGAUUGACGCCCAAGGGAGAAUUGGACGUGUGGAAAACUAAAAGGGGCUCCUUCAUGAUGUCAGAAAUAAGGAUAAUAUACUAAUCUUACCUAAGUCAGUAUUUAGAGUAGGUAAGGUUGAUACCUGGGCAGAGUCAGGUAUCAAAGGGGGAUGGGUAAAUUGUGGUCUAGGAUAGGAUGGGACUAUUGGAUAAGAAACUAAUCAUUUAAAAAUGUAAGCUAACAAUUGGGCAUAGAAGUUAAAGAUAUAAUCAGAUAAAACAUAUGAGAAAUUGUUUGUUAACCAAGCCUGUAUGUCCAGGAUUUUAUGCAUUACAGGUGAACUACAGGUGAAGUCACCCAAUCCAGUCCCAGAGGCUUGGGGACCAUAGAAGACCCCUGGUGACAGCUAGCUGAAAGAGCUACCCAGAUUCAUAUAGCACGUCAGAAGGGUAAGACAUUUUUCACUGUCGGACAAUAAACAGAGUUCGGGAGAAGAACUGGAAUUAACAGAAUUCCGGGGGCCAACUCUCGAAUGAAGUAACCCUACCUGUCCUAUCACCCCUGUUUUUGUUCAUAGAAGUGAAGAUGUGUCUGGCUCUGGCUAAGUGAUGUGUAUUUUGUUCCAAAAUAAGCAUAAGAAAUCCCUAGAUCUGGGUAGACAAGAAGUUAGAGUAGAGAUUACAUGAUAACCGACUUCGGACAGUUCUAGGAUUGGAGAAGAGGGUAUCCUUAUAGCAUGGGGAUCCCACAAGGGUGGAUAGGUUUUCCAUGAUAUGGGGAAACCUGGGAGCAAUGUUGAACUUUGUAAAGGUGAUGAAAUCCUACUAGCCAUCAAAACUAUUAAGCUCUCUGAUGCAGGAACUCACACCCUCGGACUACAAAGGACGAGGACAGACAUGAUGGGUGUGUUUUCUAUUAGGGUACUGCCAAGACCAGAGGUAACCGUGCACACUCCUCUACCACCACUGUGUUAAAAAUACCAUUCAGGUAAUUAAUGUUAGACUAUUCGGCUAUGGAUCAAUUAGAAACUGAGACUGGUUUUGAUAGUAGGGACAAUUUGUGGCUGUCUUAUAUGAGGUACACAGCUAAAACCCUGAGAAGAAAAGACUGUAUUAUUUGUAGUCAUGAUAGACCUGUUCUGGCUACACACCCAUUUGCUGUAGGAGAAGGAGGGGGGUGGUUGUGUAUUUUGAGAAGUUUUUACCAGGUUAAGCCCAAUUCAACCCUCUGUUCCUCUUUGAGCCUUGUGUUUCCUGCAGUACCUCCUCAUCGGGCCAUUUGGGGUGUUGAGGCAUAUGGGGGCAAUUACGAGUGCAUCACGGGUACAGGUAAUGGCAUUGAUUAUGGGAGAUUGCCUGAAGCUGAUUGCAGGAGUAACAUAACCAUUAAUUCCACUUGGCCAGUUACAGGCCUAAACCAAACUAGUGGUCUGGCUGAUGUAUGUUGGAUGAGUGGAGCAAAAAGUGCUGAGACCCAUUCUUAGAGGAGAAUGGCAAGGUACGUGUGGUCUGACCAGUUUGAUAAUUCCACGGACCAUUGUUGAUGUUGUUGCUGGACAGCUGCUGAGUUCUGUAACCAGGGGACCUGAAAACAUCCCAUGGGAGACAGAUGUAGUAGUGCUCCAUGGACAGAGGAUGUAGUUGACAUACACACUAACCUGUUGGGAGUGCCAGUGGGGAUUCCUCAUGAGUUUCAGGCCUUGGGUAGGAAUGAUGGACUCUGGCACUUACUACCUACUAUGGGUCCAGCCAUGGUGGAUGCUGGACAGACUGCAUGGAUUAAUUAUAUCUACUAUAAUCAACAGCGUUUUGUGAAUUACUCCCGUGAUGCACUCACUAGUAUGUCUGAACAGCUUGAGGCCACAUUUGGGGUUUCCAGACAGAAUAGACUUGCCUUGAAUAUGCUUCUUGCCAGAUCAGGGGACGUCUGCAAGAUGUUCGGUAAACAAUGUUGCACAUAUAUUCCUAAUAAUACCAGUCCAGAUGAUAGAUUGAAGUUUAAAAACUAAGGCGGACUUGAUGCACUAUCUGCUAAGAUGAGGUCCACAGGGGGGGUGGAGGAGUCUGUUCUCUUGGCCUGGUUUGGUAAGUGCACUGGUAUGAUGGUUACUGGAUUUCUGACCCCAAUUCUUGUAUUAUUUGUUAUUGAUGUGAUAUGCUGCUUGCAUCAUACCGUGUUUUAAGAAGUCUGUUACAGAUGUGGUGAAGGCUUCAGGCAUGAUGCCUUUUUGUUUGAUGCUCCAGUUGGCGAUGCCGAUACUGAAGCAUGCUUUCAGGGGAGGAUGGGACUGACUGAGGAUGACACAUGGUAUGCUGGGUUUGGAGUCCCUGGGUGGCAAGGAGCCCACCUGGUACAGGAUAGGAGUAGCUGAGAGGACCAGAUGGUUUCUAAUAAUUCUUUACUCUGUUUUCCAUGACCAAAGUUUUAUCCUACAUCUUACAUGUCAAUAACAAUAAAGUUUUAUCCUGUUUUUGAUAAGUGACACCCUUGUGGGUGACAAAGGGGGAAACAAAGGCAUAUAUCACUUGUUAUUAAUAAUAAACUUUUAUUAUUUUCAUGAAAUGCUAUGACUGCUGAAAUAAAGGUUAAUGAGUGACGGUCUUUUUGUUAGAUAACAGGAGCCAGGUGCGAGAUAACGGUAUGGAGCAUGAGACCCAUCUUUCAGUUUUUGCAGCCAUUUUAGGAGGGGGAUCCAGUUGCUUUUAUUGAUUAAGCUUCUCCAUUGGAUGUCGUGUCCCAUCUGGGAUGGGAAGAGGGGGAAAUUAUUUUUCUUUGUGGGCCAUUUCCGUAUAGACAGCCUAAACAAGGUAUUUUUCCUUUUUGGAUCAUGUUUUUGUUUUUGCUUGAAGUAAUGUAUCUGGACUAUAUCUCUUAGGAGAUGUGAAGAGAGGGAAUCGCAACAUUUUCCCGCUGGAAAAAGUUGGAAUAUGUGGACAAUCAUUUUUACUUUUAUUUGAGCUGUUGUUCUCUGCUCUGUUGAAUGAGGGUUGUAAGUUCCUAGGUGGCUGGUAGCCAACUUAGUACAUAGUGGGAUUGAAUGGAGAACAUGAUGGUAAUACAUAUAUAUCUAUUUUUGUUUAAUACCGUGCCUUAUUUCAUAGUCCCUUAGGGAGAAGUUUUUUGUAUGUCUGGAUCUAGUUAGGUGGUGUCACGUCUCUGGGGAGACGUGAAGAGAGGGAUUUGUUAGGAAGUGCUAUUUCUUAUGUAAAUGACCAGCAUACUGCUAUUGCAUUGUUAUGGCUGAGACAACACAUAGCAACAUAUUCUCACAGUAAAGGAUGUGGGGCCCCCUACAGGAUAACUCACGCACACACAAACAUAACUGCUAGGCCAGCGCACACACCAAAUUUCCCCCUUUAGCUGAACAUUGUGUGACGGCGGGAUUCUAGAGUGACGGACGGCCCAGCUGAGCCAAUGCAAGAAGACUACCUCCAGCGUGAACCAAUCCGAAGAAUCGAACUUCCAGAAUCAACCUACUUUCUGUUUUGUAUAAAUUGUAUUGUAACGGUUCACUCUUUCUCUUUUCCUGCUGUUCUGUGCGAGCGAAUGGGAGAGCCGUAUUUACGUGUACCAGAUAUUCUCACUCUGAAUAAACUGUCGCUUGUCGUACAAUUUUAACACCUUGUCUGAAUCGAUCCUUAACCGGCUCAUCCUUCUAAUAUCUUUUUAUCAACACCCCGCACAUUGACUCUUUGCCUGUGCCCCUUGUAUAUAACCUCGCUAUUGUUAUUUUACUGCUGCUCUUUAAUUAUGUUGCUUUUUUUGUUGGUAUUCUUCUUAAAACUGCAUUGUUGGUUAAGGGCUUGUAAGUAAGCAUUUCGCUGUAAGGUCUACCUACACCUGUUGAAUUUGGCGCACGUUACAAAUAACAUUUGAUUUGAUUCAUUACCAUACAAAGGAAACGUCAUUCGUGUCGCUGGCAGAAUACUCGUCUGACCCAGAAGACCUGAACGUAUCCGGAAGAAAGUCAUUUAGCAGACUCAGUCUCUUGAAUCCCAAGUGAAUGAAAGAAAGAAAAAAGAAGAGGCAGAGUCACUAAAAGCAUAUGCUGCAGAAGCGGUGUGUAACGACAAGGCCGCCUGUCUACUUAAACAACGCCAACUCAAGGAAGAGCGUCUGCUGCAGGGAGCCAUAGAGGACUUCUGGCUGAACUUCCAGCCGCGGUGUAGCCGGCGUGAGUAUGACUUAAACAACCCGGACAAAGUUAUGAAUCAGGACGGUAUCCAGAUGCUGCCGGGGCUUGUGGGUGAGGACCCAGACAGCCAGGGGAGGCUGAAUAAGCAGCAGGAGCAGCUCAGAGAGUGGUCCGUCCAGCAGCAACAUGAGCUGGCCACAGCACGACACCAGCAGAGACUGGAAGAGCAGCAGUAUGACCAGGACAGAGUGGACCUGGACAUCCAUGCUCUUCAGCUCCAGAAGAUCGAGGAAGAAAGGAGGAGAUCUGCAGCCCUGGCUACAAAGGAUUUCAAUCUGGCAAAGGCAGCAGAGAAUGCAGAGAAGCAGUGGAAAAAGUGGCAGCAGGAGAAGGAGGACAACAGGACAGACAUCCUAAAUCAGCUUCAGGGGGAGCUGCUGAGUAAGAGCCAGGAGCAGGGCAUCAGUGUGCUGGGUCUACCCCACCUCAGGGCUGACAGUUGCAAGGGCCUCACAAACGAGCAGCUGCAGCACGUCAUCGACUGCCAUCAGCAACGGAUAGAGGAGAAGAGUGCUGAGCAGCAGAAGGAGGAGCUCCACCAUGACCGAUUCUGUGUGACCUCAGCUCGCACCGCCCUACUACUGGAGAGACGGCAGGCCCGCAUUAACAAGCAGCUCCGACGCACCCUGGAUAGCGCCAAUGCACAGCUGUCUGAGGCCCACCAUGAACAGAAAAAGUACUUGGAUAAUGUGUACACUAACAUCCCAGAUGACAGUUAUUUCUCCCAGUUCAACACCAGCAGUCGAUAAAGUUUAACAGGGUCGUGCACUAUUGGAGAGAUACAUUUGUCUAUGGAAAUAAUAAAUGAUUUGAUCACAGCAAAGAAAGUAUAAUAAGUAAUAAUCUGAUGUUUUCUUUCAAUUUACUCAAAACGUUUUCACUACUUACCAAAUACAAUCAAAACUCUUCAUAGAGAAUUGUGUGUCCAUGCUUAAGGCUGCCUACUGUUCUACAUUAAUUUCUAAUCAUGUGUAUGUGGCUAAUCAGAAUGCUAAAGUGUGUACCUUGUUAAAAUAGGUAUAAUGAAUGAAUUGUAGCUCAUUUCCAGACUAAAUCUGAAAAAGAAAAAACAUGACCAUGUUCUCCAUGAAAUCCCAUAACAAAAUCAUGUUUGCUUUCUUAAAUACAUUAUCGGCCUCCAAUACAAUUAAAUAAAUCAAAGACUAGCCGGUCAGUUUAUACAGUGUAAGCAUUUUCACACAGUGCACCUUAUGCCACUAUUAUCAUAUAGAGCCUCCCUGAAUUCGCAAUUAAAAUGCAAAUACAAUCUUCCGCAAACAGAAGAAAAAAAAAAGUCAAAUGCCUUUGUAUGAAAACAAACAGUGUCCUUUCAUGACUAUUUGACUAGUGAAUUUCACUCCUGUCAACUCUUGUCAGGGGCCUCCAUUUUGUGGGAACUGACAGCACUGUGGAGUGUUAUACAAACCAAAUCCACUGGAGGGCGAUAUGAGCUUGUUCUCUUUUUCUUCUCAAACUUAAUUUGCCAAACUGUCUGAAGCUCUGUAUUCAUAUGAAAUAAUGUUUCAAUAACAACUGAAUCCUUUC